AUGGCCUCGCACAUCGUGUUUGAGCCGCAGCUCAACACCACCACCACCCACCGCCUCGACCCGCACGCCCGCAACUCGACGCCGCUCACCUUUGCCGCCCACGUAUCGACCCAGCAGCAUCGCCACACCGCCGACAUCCUCAGCGGCGCCGUCAAGAUCCAGCUAUGGACCAACCUGCCCCUCGUCGACGCCAGCACCGCCGACUCGGUCGGGGGCAGCGGCACCCCGUCGUCGUCGGCACGCCCCGAUACCGACGGGUCGGCCUCUCCCGCCGUGCCCGUGCUUGACGAUGCUUCGCCAGUCGAGGGCCAAGACGCCGAUGGCGGCAAGCAGGCUUGGAGAGCCUACGACCUCGGCCCGGCCCCAUUCUCGGACGCAGCCUGGUCCGUCUUCUGCACCACGCUCACCACGGUGCCACGCGCAGAGGCCGAGCCGGCGGCAAGCCCGUCGAGCGGCUCCCACAAGACCUACUACGGCUUCACCUACCGCCUCGCGUUCCCCGACGGUCGCAUGGAGUGGCUCAGCUACCCGCACCAGGACGGCAGGAUCAAGCUCGUCACGCGGCCUGCAAGCAGCACCAGCAGCACCAGCACCGCGAGCACCCCGAGCAUCGACCAGGUGCUCGCCUUUGCCGACGGCGUCACGUACCGAGACCUCGUCGAGGCAAAUGGCAGCGUCCAGUCGAGCAGCGGGCGCGACGCCAUCAAGAUGUCGGCCGCCUACGUACAGCUGUCGGAUCACAGGGGCGCAGAGGCAGCGCUGGCCACACUGCAGCCCGUCUACCGCUCCGCCUCGGGCAUCGUCGAGGAACGCACCAAGUCGACCUGGUGCACGUCGCGCACCUUUGCCCAUCCGUCGCACGUCUCGCCCGAUUUUGGCGCCUCCUACCUCCUCUUUGCCCUCGAAGACGACGAUGCGGUGCUCGCCGUCAUGCCGGCCAUCAGCGACCCGGACCGGCUGUGGGAUUUGACGCGAUCGCGCCACCCCUCGGCCGCUGAUGGCCAGUACUCGCUCUGCUGCCGCGCGACGCGGCGCUCCGACGGGACCGCCAAGGUGGCUUUCGCGACUGGACCUCGGGCCUGCGCUGUCGAAGUCAUGGAGGCGUGCCGACGCGCCGCCCGGAUCCUCAGCCAGGAGUCGGUCCACGCGCAGGACGAGCGCAAAGACGUGUCGGUGCUGCUCGGCCGCGACGGCGGCUACUCUUCCAUCCUCACCUCGGCCAGCGCCGCGUCCCUCGACACCGAAGCAGGAUCGACGUCGUCGUCUUCGUCCGACGAGUCGUCCGAAGGUGCGUCGGCCGGGCUGCCGGCGUCCAGCUCGGUCGCCUCGAACCUGACCCAAGAGUCCUUUGACUCCCUGCCGCCGACCUACGAGUCCGCGAUGGGCCUGCGCGUAGAUGCCUCCGCCGUCCUACGGGGUGACGGAGAGGGUCACUCGCGCUUUGCAGGCUCGAGACCGCUGGAUCCAAAGACAGGGCUGGGGUUCUGCACGUGGGAGGCCAUGGGCACCGAGGAUCGACGGCCUUUCCUCUCCAAGGUCGUGACUGCCAUCGAGGACCUCGAGGCCAGCUUCGGCGCCGGCUGCAUCACCUCGGUGCUGAUCGACGACGGCUGGCAGGAUGUCGCCUACCACUCCGACGACCGCUCCCACCGCGGCAGCCUCAAGAGCGGCAGGAUGGCCGCCGAGAUGCUCGACGUCGACGAGGCUCGCGCGGCGGCUGCGUCGGGCGAGGACUCGACGGUCCUCGGCCUCUACGUGGCCCAUCUGCGGCGCCGCUUCCCCGCGCUGCAGCACGUCGGCUGCUGGAUGACGCUGGCCGGCUACUGGGACGGCCUCGAGGCCGGCGGCGAGAUUGCGACUCAGCUCCAGGGCGGUCUGGCCGAAGUCGACGUCCACGAUCCCUUUCGCGAGGCGCAGCGAAAGUGGCUGGUGCCCGCCUCCGACGACGCCAACGACGCCUUCUGGUCCCGCACCUUUGCCGCGCUCCGCCAGGCGGGCAUCGACUUUGUCAAGGUCGAUGCACAGGCCGAGUGGGACUGGAUCGUCCCGCACAAGCAGGGCGAGAUGUGCGGCGUCUCUGCCAAGUCGGCCUUUGAGGCCAUGCAGGCGGCCGCGCUCCGCUACAUGGGGCCUGGCAGCAUCAUCCAUUCGAUGUCGGGCAGCUCGGCGACGACCAACAGCGCCAGGACGCUCCUGCUCGGCGGCGGCAGCAACGGCGGCGCCCUCCACGAUGCCCCGACCAGCCUCAGGGUCACCGACGACUUCUUCCCCGACAUUCCCGAGGCGCACCGCCACCACCUCGUCCACAACGCGUACAACUCGCUGCUGGUGGCGGGCGGCGAGCUGCGUGCCGACGCCGACAUGUUCUCGUCCAAGUGUCGGUCGACGUGCGGCGAGGACUGGGCGUCGUACCACGCCUCGUUCCGCGCCUACUCGGACGCCAAGCUUUGGAUCUCCGAGGGCCCCUGGUCGCCCUCGCCCUCGAGCGAGGCGAGCGUGUCGAAGCUGCUGGCGCACGACAAGCGUGGACAGCUGCGCACGGUGCAGGCGAGCGAGCCAGCCCGACCCCUCUCGAGCGCCCUCUUCCAGGAGCUCGUGGCCGACGGGCCCGGUCCCGCGCUGAAGCUGUGCUCGAGGAACGCUGCGGCAGAUGCGGCGAGCAUCGGUCUCUGGAACGCUCGUGGCGCCGAUGCCGAGUCGCUUGACCUCAUCAGCCCGUCGGUGCUGGCGGAACUGCAGGUCGGCGUGGGUCGCGGCGAUGACCUCGCCAUCUAUCGCCCAUCGACUGGAGCGACGGCCGUGCUGAGCCAGGCCCAGCUGCAAGAUCCUCGAGGGCAGCACGAUCCGCUGCUGCUCGUCGGCCUGCCCCGUGCCGGACACGACAGCCUCGUGGUGGCGCCCCUCCGAUCGGGCGGCGAGGUCUCGCUCGGGUGCCUCGGCCUGGUCGACAAGUUCAACGGCAUCCAUGCCAUGGCGGCGCCGGGCAUGUUCCACGAGCUCAGCGGAAGGGCCCAAGAGGGCAGCACCGCCGCCGCCGUCGCCGCCGCUCCGGCCGCGUCUCCGAUCGCCACGACGUCGACGCAGGGCUCAGACGAACAGCCGCCGCUCUCCAAGGUGCUCGCCCUGGGCCAGUCGAGGUGGGACGCGGUGCGCAUCAUGCUGCUGCUCGGCAUCAACACCAUGUUCCAGACGCUCCUGUUCGGCCUGGGAAGCGGCAAGUCGACCACGCGCAGGCGGCCUGCCUCCGGGGCCGACGUGAGCGCCGCGGGCAGCGACCAGCUUCCGCGGCACGGAGUUCUGACUGGCGCCCUGCUGCGCCUACGAUCCGGGGUCGGGCGGCUGGUGGUGCCGCGAUCCCGCAGCGACAUGGACGGCGCUCGGGAGGCGUACCUGCCCCUGAUCACGCUGGGUCUCGGCGCUGGCCGGAGGACGCUGCGCCAUCCGCUCUCGACGCUCAAGACGGCCAUCAACCCGUUGUCGUGGGCGGGCAUGAUGCUCGAGAUGCCCAUCGCCGGUGCCGCACUGGCCAGCGACGAGGUUGAGGUCGAGGUCGAGUCCGAGGCCGGUGCUGAGGCGGCCAGCGAGGUGGACUCUGCCAAUGCGGAACGGCUGCGAUACAGCAUUGAGCUCCUCUUUGCCGGCCUGGUGGGCUUCGUGGUGCGCGCCUCUGCCGAGCGGCUGCGCACGUUCCGCGUCAAGGUCGACGAGCUCGACGUGCUGGAGCGCGAGGGCAUCGUGCAGAUGCGCAUGGUCGAGGAGGGUCUCGUCUGCCCGCCCCCGCGUCGCGAUGCCGAGGCGGGCUGGGAGACGGCCAUCGUCACCGUCGACCUCGAAGCGCUGGCCGGUAGCCGCAGCCACCCGUUCCUCUGCCCGGGUGAAGGCGGGCGGGCCGAGUCGACCUGGCAAGUUGAACUGGCGUUUGAUCGGUAG